AUGGUCGGAGGACACGAUGCCGCGGAGGCUACUGGCACUCCAGAGCCGGUCGAGAAAGGCUUCGCGACUUUGAACACGCUUAGGAUUGGUACAAAAGCGAUGGUGGAAAAAAAUGGGGAGCCACGAAAAGCAGAAAUCUUGUCCAUUAAGCAAAGGAAUGGCGCUCUGACUUUCUACGUGCACUAUGUCGAGUUCAACAAGCGUCUCGAUGAGUGGGUCAAAGCGGAACGAAUUGACCUCGAGCAAGAGGUUGAAUGGCCAGCGCCUGAGAAGCCAGAGAAGAAGAAGACGACUGUCACCACGAAAGCGCCUCCUUCAAAAGCAGCAACCAAGGCCAUCAUCACCAAAGACAAGGCCGAGCGACCACAAUCAGAGUCUCGUGGAGGCUCUGCCACUCCUGAUCUUCUCGGCGCCAAAGCUGGUAACGACAGAAAAGCUCCCGUUCCAUCGAAGGCAGGUGGGAAGGAGAAUCGAGAAGAUGGCCUCGCUCCCGACGCUGAUCCAGUUUUGCCUGCCGCAGGUACGCCACUGCCGGAAUUGAGCACAGAGGAGAGCACCAUCGCUUCCCAGGACGUCGAAAUGCCCGAUGUGGAUGUCACCAAGAAGGAAGAAAAGGUACCCACCAUCCUCGAACCCGAAGAAGAAAUCGAGAAGCUGCGUACAGGCGGCAGCAUGGUCCAGAACCACGCGCAACUGCACCUUGUGCGUAACUUGGAAAAGAUUCAGAUGGGCAAACACGUUAUCGAGCCCUGGUAUUUCUCACCCUAUCCACAAGAGUUCUCUGAUGUCGACCUCGUCUACAUUGAUGAGUUUUGCCUCUCUUACUUCGCCAGCAAGAAAGCCUUCGAGCGCCAUCGGACCAAGUGUGAGCUUCGACACCCGCCUGGCAACGAGAUCUACCGUGACGAUUACAUUUCUUUCUUCGAAGUCGAUGGCCGUCGCCAACGAACCUGGUGCCGAAACCUAUGUCUUCUGUCCAAGCUAUUCCUGGACCACAAAACUCUGUAUUACGAUGUCGACCCUUUCCUCUUCUAUUGCAUGGUCACCCGCGACGAGACUGGUUGCCACCUGAUCGGAUACUUCAGCAAAGAGAAAGAGUCCGCAGAGGGCUACAACGUCGCCUGCAUCCUGACUCUCCCGCAAUACCAACGCCAGGGCCUAGGCCGCCUGUUGAUCGCAUUCUCUUACGAGCUCUCCAAACGUGAAGGCAAGCUCGGCUCCCCCGAGAAGCCCCUCUCCGAUCUGGGUCUCCUCGGCUACCGGCAAUUCUGGAAAGAGACCUUGAUUGAGCUCCUCUCCGAUCCCUCGCGCCUGCCGCCACCGGGCUCGGCCACGCACACACCCGCCACGUCCAUCGCGGAGAUCGCGAGCUUGACAGCCAUGACGGAGAAGGACGUGCACGAGCAGCUUGAAGUGUUGAAGCUUCUGAGGUAUAACAAGGGUGCGUGGAUCAUCGUCAUGCGCGACGAGUUGCUCGAGUGGCAGGAGAAGAAGCGCGAGAAGGAGCAGGCCAAGGGUGGCAGGAAGACCAUCGAUGCGAGCAAGUUGAUGUGGAAGCCGCCGGUGUUUAGUGCGGCGAGUCGGACUUGGAAUUGGUGA